UUUGUGAAUUCAGAAACCAACAAGAAAUGGGUUCUUGCAUUAGCAAAUGCAGACCCAAGAAAUAUUACAUUGAAGGCUUUAGUCAUGUUCAAGACAAGGUUGUGAUCUCAUCACAACACGCUCCAAAAACUCCCAUUCCUGUCUCAAACAAAAUUUCCCCUUUCCCUCUUUCACCUACCAUUUCUUCCUCUUCUUCAGUUUCUCCCUUUACUUGCACCACUAGCAGUAGCAACACUACAACUAGUUCAUGUUCAUCGUUUUCAAGCUCGAAAGAUAGGUACGCUUUCUCCAAUGAGUUUUUGUGGGCAUGUGUUAAGGAGAACCCUCAUAUAAUCCGUAUCAAUUCAAUCAAGGAAGCUUCUCUUGCAUCAACCACUACUAAAUCUCCUACUCAGAAAUUAGACUCCCACAUUAAACCAGUCGUGGCACCAGUGAUGCAGGCGAUCCUGCGAAGGGAGAAAGGGUCAACACCCCGGAAAAGAGGACGGUCGAGCUCACCAUCAACAUUAACAAGACAAAAGAGCAUCCGGAAGGAGUCUGAUGGACUUCAUUCUGCAUAUUAUUCGCCAAGUAGGAGUUUGAGGUCACCAUCUCCAAGCAGGAGAUUUAGCGGAGGUAAUAACAAUCGAGGAAUAUUGGCGAGUACAUCGAAGGAAAUUUGCUCAUCAAAGCGUAUUGUUAGCCAGAAGGUAAGUGCACUCAACUCUGUUUCUCCCUCUCUGAGAAAGGAAAAUUUCAGGCCUUCGAGUCCAAUGCUCAGCAGCCAUCCAAGUCCAUUGAUCAAGUCUUGUUUGAGAAAUCGAGAGACUUUCAUUCACCGUAUUAGUUCUAAAAUCGAUGAAAGUGCAGUCCGAGCAGCCCUGUCGUCCCAGCAAGAAAAAGACUCCAUUACUAUGGAAGACAUUGACAAUCCACUUAUUUCCUUAGAUUGUUUCAUUUUUCUGUAGAAAAUUAGAUUGCAUGCAUACUGAACAUUUGUCAUGUUCAUACAUAUUAUUUUCUUUUCUUUUGAAGUUUGUUCAUCGCUAUUCUGACUGUUUGUCCUCAAUAUUCAUGACGGAUAGAUAGGUUUAACAAUGAUCAACAGGAUCAAAUAUCUAGAAUUGAUAUGCUGAUGAAAUGGGUGUAUUAAUUUUCUCAAAUUAAUUUCUUCUUAUAUAAGAUGGAUGAG